CCCGGGGAAACCACACGGCCCGAAAUGCGGGGAGCAGAAGAGAAAGCGCUUCCUCUCGCCCGGUCGGCCACUUCUCACUGUCAUGGUGCCGGUGCCCUCUCCGUCUCCUCCUUCUUUAACAAGGCACCACCACCACCAGCACCUCUCCAGACGAACGAACAAAAAGAGGCCUCGCACCUCGCUCGCUCGCUCGCCUUCCUGCUGUGCUUCUGCUUCCCCAGCGACAGCGAGUCUCCUCAACCUCAGCCUCCCCUCCCUUCGCCGCCGCCUGCGACUCCGAUGCCGCCGCCGCUCGAGGCGCGCGACUUCCUCGGCGCCGGCGCCACCUCGUCGUGCUGCUCGUCGUCCUGCUCCUCCGGCGGCGAUGGGACGGUGCCGCACCUCGCGCUGCGGCUCGGGCUCCCGGGGUCCGACUCCCCCGGCCGAGGCGCGCAGGCGGAGCACGCCCACGUGGACGCCGCGCUCACCCUCGGCCCCGCCCCCGCCCCCGCGCCGCCCAGGGGAGGCGCCAAGCGCGGGUUCGCCGACUCCCUCGACCGGUCCGCGAAGCGGGACGGUGCUGCGGCGGAUGACGACGCUGCUGGGGGCGUAACUGGGGAGGAUAAGGGGGUAGCUGCGGCCGCUGCCGGAGCUCCGCCGGCUGCCAAGGCACAAGUUGUUGGAUGGCCACCUGUUAGGAGCUACCGAAAGAAUACACUAGCUGCAAGUGCCACAAAGACAAAGGUGGAAGAUGAAGGUAGGAGUGAGGCGGGAUGCUGUUAUGUUAAGGUCAGCAUGGAUGGAGCCCCAUACCUAAGGAAGGUAGACCUCAAGACCUAUUCAAGCUAUGAGAAUCUCUCGCUUGGUCUGGAGAAAAUGUUCAGCUGCUUCAUCACUGGUCAAAACAGUUCUUGCAAGACAUCAAGAAGGGAUAGGUUUACUGAUGGUUCUAGGGCUGAUGCCCUUCAGGACCAAGAAUAUGUCCUUACUUACGAAGAUAAAGAUGCUGACUGGAUGCUUGUUGGUGAUCUGCCCUGGGACUUGUUCACCACAAUUUGUCGGAAACUAAGAAUCAUGAGAGGCUCUGAUGCUGCUGGCAUGGCUCCAAGAUCACUGGAACAGAUAGCUCGGAACAAAUAAGGAAUGUUGCCCGACAGACACAGUCUGAACUAAGGACAGAGUUUACAUGGCGCUGAAGGGAGCGAUGUUUUAUGCGAAGUGCUUCGGUUAAGUCUUCUUUUCACAUGUGCAGUGAGAUCUGUGGCCUACUGUAAGACGCCCAUUUUGCCCACGAGGUUGUCACGUGUUAUUGUAGAUGGUCGCUUUUGUCUGUGAAAGAUCAAAUCCGGUAGCCUACUGCUUCCUCUAUGAUACUUUCAUCUGUAUCCGGAAGUUUGUACUUCAUUUCCUAUAACAGUAAAAAAAGUGCCCAUGUUGUCCAGUAAAAGUUAUUCUCGUGAUGGGUCUAGAAACUAAACACUCAGUCUGUUAAUCAGCUCUGAUAUCUUACCUGAUAAUUGGGAUGAUGUAACAUUUUACGUUCCUCUGCACUUCUAGGCUAACGAAUGUGUUACUGAA